AUGCCCUUAUCUUCUGACGAACGUGGUGAGGGCAGUCGGACUCUAUUGCAAGAUAGCUUGUCCGAUGUAAUUCAAGGUAUGCCAAGCCUCAAGAUAAUUGUCCCUCUUCACCACGACCAGUAUUGCCGUCCAAGCCCACUUGCUUCUAUCCGAACGAAAAGGCUGACUAGCAGUUUAACGCAAGCUUCCAAGGUGCCAGCGAAACGUCGCGGUUCCAGCAUCAAGCCCACUGUUGAGACACUUGCGUCUGAGUGCUAUGACAAGGGCCUUCUUCCAGAUGCGCUCGGUGAAUUGAUCGAUCUCAUCAUUCACCCGAGCCAUUUGGAUCAGGCAAGUCUUAAUGGCCUCAUCAGGAACUUGUAUCCAGCAGUAUCUAUAGAUGGCGAAUUGGUUAUCAAGAUUGUAGGAUGCCUAGGCCAUGGCGUCCUGAAGCCUUCCUUGGGCAUCCAAGCCGCGCUGUUAAAGUGGCUGAUCAUGACCCAUAACGUCAUCAAGGACCAAGAUGCUCUGUCCAAAGUAUAUGCAGUAUUGUUCAAUCUUCUCGAUACGGCAGCCAUCAGACCACAGUUAUGCCACCUUCUGGCAUUGAUAACGCGGCGUAGACACGUUCGGCCAUAUCGCAUUCAGGCAGUCCUAGCACUAAGCAGACAAACAGGCAAUGACCCUGCCCUUACCGGCCUUCUCCGUGUUUUCAAAAAUUAUUAUCCGGAGAUCAUUGUUGGUGAUGCUACACGUGGGAAGGCAUCAACUUUCAAGUAUCCGGACCCUGAAUGGCGGGAAAGACUGGGCGAGGUUCAGCAAGCCCAUGCUCAAUCACUAAGAGAUCAAAACCAGCCUCGUGAUGCAUUUCGCGUGGCCCACAGACUGGGCAACAUGAGUGGCGGAAAGGCGAGCGUCAUACCGGAAGUGCACACGUCCCACGCCCAGGAGGACUCGAUCACUCUCGAGGAAAUCGAUAGUGCUGACCGACUGGUCAAUAACUUGGAGAAAAUUGAGCUUCCCAACCAGCUUGUCUCGGUACUGGCAGACCCUUUGCUGCAGAAGCUCAUGCUACUUCGACCUAACGAUGUUUACGAAUCCCGCAUCACAAAUUGGUUGUCGUCUUAUACUGAAGAUGUGGUGCGCGGCGAACCUACAAGCACGGCCGAGCUUACAAGCUUUCUCCAAGUGAUACAGGACUACGUCUCGACUGCUAGGGACGAUUCGCUUGCCCCAGCGCUUCAAUCUUUCUUCAGCUCAUACCUGAAGGUAUGGGAUGGCAAGACGGGCAGCCAACUCAUUCUGAACAUAUUAUCACACACAGGUAUACCUCAAAGGGGCUUCUCUGGUCUAUAUGAGGAUACUUUUGCAUCUCUUGAAAGAAAGGUACUUGAUGGAAGCGGCGAAACUCAACUCGAGAUGCUCGCCUGCUAUACUGCCCUUUUACGACACUGGGUAACCGUCUUCUUGGCAAAAGAGGCAGACAAAACAUUUGGCCCGGUCAUAUCAGACCUCGUGUGUCAUGUCAACAAGCUGUGUCUCACGCUCAUUCAGACAUCAUCAAGUACAUCUACACUCUCCAUGAUACUGGACUUCUACGAGUUGACGGCAUAUAUGGUAUCAACGCCGCGACUGAGAAAACGUGCUCGCAUUGACAUACCUUCUUCGGCUCUUGUCUAUAUGCUACACUUCAACUCAUCCUCCACGUCACUUUCACGCCUGUGCGGAAUACUCUCGUGUUACAAGGAGGGAUUUCAAGCUGCAAUGACAAGCUCGCGUACUGCAUAUCCUGCAGCUUAUGUCAAUGGCUUCAACGGAUUUCUUAUGGACAUUUGUAAUUGUCUAUGGCGCUCAAAGGCAUUCAACAAUACAGAUGCCAACGCGCACGGCUGCCUCGUGCCAGAGAGUGCAAGAGUUGCUCUGGCAAAUUACGUAUCUUCGCUGAAGAAUGGAAGCAAUCUGUCGUCCAUGUUUACCUUGUCGGCUUCUCCAACACUUGGUCUCAUGGCGACGACGUAUCUGCGCGACUUGGAGGAUAUUGAAAUGGAACAGGGCUCAUCAGGGCUCGACACUCGACAUGCGGGUCCUGCUACGAGGACCAGUCUCAUUGCACUCGGCAAAAACGGCGGAGUGAGCUUGACUUGGGACGAAUUCAGGCUAGGCAUUCUUGGAUAUUUGGAACAGCAGCAUCUUGGUGGCGUUGGACUGCUGAUGCAUAGCACAAUGACGACACUGAUGAAGAAGAAGUAA